AUGGCCACCACACAUCACCUCAUAAACAUUCGUAGUAACGAAUGCAUAAUAACCAAACGAGCCAUGUGUCUGAUCUUGGCUGUUAUGUGGAUUUUUUCUGUGACUAUUUUUGCUGUACUCGUAGGUUUGCUCACUAGACUCUCGUUUUGUGGAUCCACUGUGGUCAAUAGUUAUUUCUGUGAUCACGGUCCUCUGCAUAGACUUAGUUGUAAUGAUAAUUCCAUGAAUUUUGUGAUGGCAAGAAUGUGCUUUGUUCUACUGAUUUGUUUGCCGCUGGUACUAAUCAUCAUCUCAUAUUUUUGCAUCGCUCUGGUUUUGUUUAAGAUUUCUCAUAAUGUUGACCGAACCAAAGCCAUGAAAACCUGCACUUCCCAUCUCUUGUUAGUGGCUAUUUUUUAUAUUCCGCUUUUAAGCAAUAAUAUUGCAGUUGUAUUGACUUCAUCUAUUCAUCCAAAUGUCCGGAUAAUUAACAAUUCCCUGACACAGAUAAUGCCACUGAUGUUAAAUCCCAUCAUAUACACUUUAAAGACAGACGAGUUCAUGCAAUCCAUAAAAGAUCUGUACAAACGAAACAAAGUGAACGUUACUAAAGAAAAAAGCAUAAAAUGUAGAAGGAAGAAUUAA